CAAGUCAUCGAGUCGCAUCCUUUGUAAUCUUUUUCCUCAUUUCCACAAAAUUCAAGAAAAUUCAAGAGGAUGCCGAAGUGUACAUUCUGCAAGAAGGAGGUGUCGCAUGAGCUGCAACUUCCAGAGCCAAGAGUUACAGUGCUCCUCAAACAUGUGAUGAAGAAUUACAAGGGCGGUGGUCUGUGCAGAGAAUGCUAUAAUCGAGGUCAGAAGUUGGAUGUUACGCGCCAGAAGUUGAAGAAAGGACAUGCCCAGGAGAAAUCUGCGAAUGCCCCUCCCGAGGCGGCAAAAGAUUCCCGGGAAGAGCUUGAGGACACGCUGAUGGCUCAGAGAAGCUCUCCUGCAGUUGUCACACUGUCCCAGCCGUCCCAGCCAAGUCAGCCUUCCCAAGAGCAGAUAAUUCAAUCUCAAUUGGCCUCACAUCCGGAAAUGGGAGCUGUUCCGGAUCUGCCAUCAAGUGAUUCCUUGGAAGCAGCCCCACCUGCCAGACUCCGUGAUAGAUCAUCGGAGAGUGAUUUCUCAUCACAAGAACGUGCGGCACCAGCUGGGGAAGCGUCUCAUCUGGAGGUUGUUGUGCAAAUUGAGCAGCAACCUCAUGGUUCGAAGAAGCCCUCGGAAACACCCCAGGAGAGUCUCAUGGCAGCCCCGAGGCCCAAGAAUCCUCGUCUAAGGGAGACGCUGAAUGAUACAGCUGCCAGGAAUCUUGUUCAGAAUAUGCAAGCUACAAUGAAUGAGGCAGGAAUUAAUCCGAACAAGCAACCCAGGAAUAGUGGAGGAUAAGAAGCCCAUUCCGGAGAAUUUUCUUGAUGAAACCAUCGCUCAAUUUAUCUUUACGUGUCCUGAUCUUCCAUUGAGAACAAAGACGAAAUAAUUUAAUACUUUUCCAUAAAAAAAGACUUGAAUUGAACUGAAUUCUUUAUUAAUUUGUGAUUUAAUGGAUUUAAUUAAUUUCGUUUUUCAAUUAAAUUAAUUUUGUACCUAAGUAGAUGAAUUAAAUAGUAAUAAUAAUAAAAGUUAAUUUUUGUAAA